CAGUAAUUUUCAGAACAGAGUAAGUUGACUUUUACUUCUUCUUCUUCUUCUUCUCCUCCAUGGCGCCAGCCUUUUGGAAUAAGAGUGAGAAUCACGCGCUGACACAGUCCGGGUAUCCGAAACUUCCGAACCAAGAGAUUCGGAAAAAAGGCAGGCCCGGAACUGGAAGAUGAACAUGUGACGUGGGCCGUGUGGCUGAUUUAAACCUUUUUUCCGGCAAAUUUUCAUCAGAUUAAUAAACUCUGCAACUUCUUCUCUCAAUCUGAAUACUACUAUUAAUAUAUAUACUUCAAAAAAAACAAAAAAAAAAAGAAGCAGAGAGACGUUGCUUUUUUGAGCUGGGUACCAUACACCAUACACCAUACACCACUACUACUUUUCCUUUUAUAGUAUAUAUGAUUAGAGCCCAGAAGUAAUCAAAAGUAAGUACUAAUCAAAAUCAUUUUCAAAACUUUAAUUACAGCUGAAAGCAGAAAUUUUUAUAGUUUGCUUUUCAAACCUGGAAAUGGAGUCUACUUCACUGUACUUGUAUCCGUUGAUAGCUAUACAGUAUCUAAUUUUCGGUUAAGAGGGUUUUUUUAUUUUUGUUUUUGCAUUAUCAACAAAGCAACCUUUGAAAGACUCUUGCUUUUGUUUUUUUUAAGCCGAACUUCCCUUUUCUUUCCAACUCAUUUCCUCAGUUUUUUCUUUGUUUCAGAGUAUUGUAUCAUCAUAUGUGUAUCUUUUCUUUUUAAGAACUUCCCAUUAGGAUCAUCAUUCACCCCAUCCACCUAUCUAUCUUGGUGGGGUGGUGUUUGUUUGUUUUUUUUUCUUUCUUUUGAUAAUCUGGAACUUUUCUUUGAUUGUAGAGGCGAAUUCUGUAUCUGGGCCAUGUUAGUAGUACAUUGUGAAAUCAGAGAAUUGUGUAAUCUGUCACUAAGAUUUUAGGUGGGUUGUUUUGUGUUUUUUCUUGGUGGGUGGAGGGAGGAAAAAUGGCGGCGGAGGGUGGUGGUGCAUUGUCAUUCUCGGUGGCCUCGGUGGUGGAGGAUGUUCUCCAGCAGCAUGGAAACCGAUCCCGGGAUCUUGACUGGGAUGCUCGUCGAGCUGAGGAAGCCGCCAUGAGAAGAUAUGAGGCAGCUGCAUGGCUAAGAAAGAUGGUCGGAGUUGUAGGGGCAAAAGAUUUGCCGGCAGAGCCUUCAGAGGAGGAAUUUAGGCUUGGUCUCAGGAGUGGGAUUAUUCUUUGCAAUGUGCUCAAUAAAGUACAGCCUGGAGCUGUUCCGAAGGUUGUUGAAAGUCCAUGUGAUGCUGCAUUGAUCCCAGAUGGGGCGGCUUUGUCGGCAUACCAAUACUUUGAGAAUGUAAGGAAUUUUCUUGUUGCCGUGCAAGAUAUGGGAAUCCCCACAUUCGAGGCUUCUGAUCUUGAACAAGGAGGGAAAUCGUCCAGGGUUGUUAAUUGUGUCGUGGGACUUAAAUCAUUCUCUGAAUGGAAGCAAGCAGGAUGUAAUGGGGUGUGGAAAUUUGGUGGAAAUGUGAAGCCAGUGACAAUGGCGAAGCAAUUCGUCCGCAAAAACUCUGACCCCUUCACAAGCUCAUUGUCAAGGACUACAUCACUGAAUGAGAAAUCCUCCAUUUCCAUCUUUGGUGAAAAGGAUUCCAGUAAAUUGGAAAACUCUUCCCUGAGUAUGCUUGUUCGUGCAGUUCUCUCAGACAAGAAGCCUGAAGAAGUCCCAAAUCUUGUGGAGUCGGUAUUAAACAAAGUUGUCGAGGAGUUUGAACAGCGUAUCACGAACCAAAUUAAGCAGCACAAAGGGAAUUCGACAGAUUCCCCUAUUUCUCAUGUAAAUAAAUUGGCUUUUGGAAAUGCUAAGGUUGAAUUUAAAAGUGCUGCUUCGACCAAAAAGGACAAUUGCCUCCAGAAAAGUUGCUCCAGAGAGGAACAAGAGCAACUGAAAAUUGUGUCAAUGAAGCAACAAAUGAUUGUUGAUCAGCAACACACAGAUAUCAAGGAGCUGAAGAGAACUCUUUGCACAACAAAAUCUAGUAUGCAGUUCAUGCAGUCAAAGUUCAAUGAGGAAAUGCGCAAUCUUGGGAUGCAUAUUCAUGGGCUAGCUCAUGCUGCUUCUGGUUAUCAUAGAGUUCUUGAGGAAAACCGCAGACUUUACAAUCAAGUUCAAGACCUAAAAGGAAGCAUCAGGGUAUACUGUCGAGUGAGACCCUUCUUACCACGACAAACAAACUAUGUUAGCACUGUGGAUCAUAUAGAGGAAGGAACUAUAACGAUAAGUACUCAAAUGAGGAAUGGAAAAGAAGGACGGAAAUCCUUUAAUUUCAACAAAGUAUUUUCACCCUCAGCUACUCAAGAGGAAGUCUUUGCAGAUACACAGCCGUUGAUUAGAUCGGUCUUGGAUGGAUACAAUGUUUGUAUCUUUGCUUAUGGCCAAACAGGAUCAGGCAAAACUUACACCAUGAGUGGACCGAAAGACCUCACAGAGCAAACUCAAGGAGUAAACUACAGAGCGUUGAGUGAUUUAUUCCUUCUUGCAGAACAAAGAAGGGAUACUUUCUGUUAUGACGUAUCUGUUCAGAUGAUUGAGAUAUACAAUGAGCAAGUCAGGGAUCUCCUGGCUACUGAUGGACUGAACAAAAGAUUGGAAAUUAGGAACAAUUCUCAGUCAACCCUGAAUGUUCCUGAUGCAAGCCUGGUUCGUGUAUCAUCCACUUAUGAUGUUAUUGAUCUCAUGAACCUCGGACACAAGAAUCGUGCUGUGGGUGCAACAGCACUGAAUGACCGCAGCAGUCGCUCUCACAGUUGCUUGACUGUUCAUGUCCAAGGAAGAGACUUGACUUCUGGAACUACUCUGCGUGGCUGUAUGCAUUUGGUUGAUCUAGCUGGAAGCGAGAGGGUAGACAAAUCUGAAGUAACUGGUGACAGAUUAAAAGAGGCACAGCAUAUCAAUAAAUCCCUUUCUGCUCUGGGUGACGUGAUAGCCUCCCUAGCCCAAAAAAGUGCACAUGUACCAUACCGGAACAGCAAACUCACACAGCUGCUUCAGGACUCGCUUGGUGGACAAGCAAAGACGCUAAUGUUCGUCCAUAUAAGCCCUGAGCCUGAUGCCAUAGGAGAAACUAUUAGCACACUAAAAUUUGCAGAACGGGUAGCUACCGUGGAACUUGGAGCUGCGCGAGUUAACAAAGAUUCUUCAGACGUUAAAGUUCUCAAAGAACAGAUUGCCAGCCUUAAGGCCACAUUAGCACAAAAAGAAGCUGAAAAUGAGUUGAAGCAUCACAAGACUUCGGGUGGUCCAUAUGGUGUGAGGUCCAUGCCAUUCCAACCAAGUUUACAAGAAAGAGAGGUAUUAGCUGAUUUUAGCAGCCAGAGGAAACCUAUGGGGGAAGUAGACAACAUUGAGGUGCGCAAUAAUUCAGCAGUAAGGCGAAAAAAGCAAAGCUUUGAUCUUGACGAAUUGCUCGGAAACUCUCCUCCUUGGCCUCCAGUCAACGACUCUAAUGGAAAUUAUGGGGAGGAUGAUAAAGAUAUGGGCUCCGGCGAGUGGGUGGACAAGGUUAUGGUAAACAAGCUAGAUCAUCCUAUAAAAGGUCUUACUAGUAGCCCGAUGGAAUGCUGGGAUGAAAAUGCCACUGAUUCCUUUUACAAGAAAUAUAUCUCAGACCCUUCUAGUAUAUAUCCAGACAAAACAUUUAAGUUGAUUUCAGCAGGCAAUCACUUGGAUUUCGGCUCAACUGACGAAUUUGAUGAUCUUGAUGUUGCAACAACCAGCGAUUCGUCUGAGCCGGAUUUACUUUGGCAGUUAAACAGUGCCAAACUCAACACCAGCAAUGGUGGUGGAACUGGACAGAAGACAGUCCAGAAACAAAAUACAAAGCAAGCAAAAAAUUCAGAAUUGAGGAAUGGUGGUGUUCCGAAAUUAGGCCCUUCGCCAUCACGGAAAAUGGGAAAUGGAGGAGCUGGUCACCCUCCUAAUGCUGUAAGAAACGGUGGAAGGAAUCAUGCAGCUGUUCCUUCAGAAGCCAAAAGGAAAAAUGCGUCAAGAAAAUAGCAAGCCUUUGUGUUACAAUUCUUUUCUCAGGGUUUAUUGUAAAGUGCAAAACAUGGAUGUGUUCUUGAUUUUUUUAUUCUUUUUACCUAUUUUUUGGUGUGUUUGAGAGAGAGGUUUUUGGUUUUUUUUCCCCCCCUCACCUCCCCUUGUGAUCCUCUUUUUUGAGGCCCUAUAGUAUAAUCAAUGCAGCAAUAAUUCCAGUUGCUUGUAAUAUAAACACUGUAUAUAUAAAUAUUGUACAAGGCUAACACCAUUUCAUUCUUUUUGGCGGUUUAUAUUUCCAAUAAUUUUACACAAAUUUUUUAAGGUUCU